AUGGCGGCAGCGGCUGCAAAAAGUGGAAGUUCGGGGAUAUUUUGGAUUAAUGGCGUAUCAGAUGAAGAACAGCCUUUGGUGUUUGUUCCUGAACUGGAGGGACAGGUGAAGACUCAGACCCCUUUCAGUUUUGGACCAGGCAGCACCAGUACAUCCAGUAAAAGAGGUACCAAGGUGCGAGCCAGGCGUAGCUCUGACUGCAAGAAUGAGACCACACUAAAGAAAGGAGGCAAGAAACUGAGCAACUUACACAGUGAGCACUCUGGGGUUUAUAUCAAGGAAAAAGUGACAGUCCAUCACGGUGCUACUGCAGCUUCAGAGGACAUCCUCCCACCAGCCUUGGGUACUUUUCUCCCUUUGACACAGGUAAUCUCUGAAACCAGCAGGGCUAAGAGCCAGGUCUGUUUGAAAGACCUCUGUCCUGAAGAUAAGCGCCGGAUUGCAAACCUCAUCGAAGAACUAGCCAGAGUGAGUGAGGAGAAAGAAGAGUCAGUGCAGCGUCUGAAAGAUGAACAGGAAAAUUUUGAGUGCAAGAUUCUGCGGCUGGAGCAACAGAACCUGAUCAUAGUGCAGGAGAGGGAGAGCCUGCAGCAGCAGUACAGAGAGUGCCAGGAGCUGCUUGGGCUCUACCAGCAAUACCUUUCUCAGCAGCAGGUGAAACUUAAUCAGUCCAUCGCCCAGCUCAGCCAGGCACCACCCCAUAGCAAGGUGCUCAGCAGUGAGGAAGCCCCCAGCCGAACAUCUACUAGCAGAGCUAAUGGCUCAGUCUUUGAUGGCUCAUACCUCAGCCUUGCUGCUACUCGAGCACAACAGCCUCAAGUGCACAGGAGUGGUGGUGGAGGAAGAGCAGCAGUACAAACCCUUAGCAACCAUGCCUCUUUUUCCUGUGUUCGUGAAUUCACUCCAACUGAUGAGCCGAUCAAACAGCAUAGGAUUCAGAAAAGGGAGAGCAGGGAGCCACACUCAGAGUCCCAGCACAGAUGUCGGCACUGCCACUGCUGUGGUCAAGACAGUGGCUAUGGAACACAGCAACGGAAAAAUGAGAAUGGCUCCAACCUAGAGAAUGGCCAUCAUGACACCCUUAACCUGCAUGAAUGCGAAAGGCUCCACAGUGGGCAUGGUAUGGACUCAGAGGCCAAGGAAGCCCUGACCAGGCCUCUGCUGGGUCACGAGGACUGGGAGGAGAAGAGGCACCAGCUGCUGCUACAGAAGAUGCAGUUGGAGAUGGAGAGAGAGAGGCUGCAGGCACGGCUGGCUGAGCAGGAAGAGAGACUCAACAGACAGAAUCAGCAGCUACGUCAGUCGCGUCUUGAUUACAGCAGGUUUCAGCAUGCUGCUCAGUCUGAUCUCAGCAGCUCAAACAUUAGAAAUGGAGAUGCACAGCCGGAGAGUCCCACCCACAAAGAUUUACCCCCCAGUGUGUGUGAAGAUGCAGAGGUACAUCCUGCAGGACAGAGCAUGCAUGGGAAACACUCGCAAACUGUACAUCCUCCUCUGGUUAAUGAGACCUCACAGCAGUCCAGAAAGGACACGGCCACAUCUCCUGCUAAGUCUCUUCCUGCAAGCCUGAAAAAGCCCACUUCAGUGUCUGUCAUCCAGAGGAGUCCUGAGGCCAGGUUGGACUUUUCUUUGGUUCAAUUAUUGGAUAUCUUUAGUCCUGUCUCUGCACCUGAACUAAACAAGCAAUCCACUCGAAGACCCAAUACGUCACAACGUAGGCUGGGCCUCACCACCCCCAAACCACUGGGCAGAACCCUGCUUACCCCUGCUGGGUCUUACCCUCAGAGUACCCAGCAGGACAUGGAAGAAAGUCAAAUACUGGAGGAUAUUUUCUUCAUUUGCUGACAAAGAAAAUGACUUUGUUCACUUGUUUCAUCUGGACUUUUAUAAUACUUAAAAUUUUCA